AUGAAGAUUCUCAUUAUUGGCGCUGCAGGCCGAGUCGGCUCAGCCGCCCUCGCGGCAUGCCUCACUAAGCAACACCACGUCACCGCCUUCCUCCGCAACCCCUCCAAGCUGCCCCCCGAGCUGCACAACCACCCCCGCCUCCGCAUCACCCAAGGCGACGCAACCUCGCACUCCUCCCUCGUCGAAGCGAUCGAGGACACCGACGCCAUCAUCCAAGCCGCCGUUUACGGCUCCAACACGCCCUUCGGCACCUCGGAUUCGGAAAAGGUCGUCCGCUGCAUCAUCAACGCCGUCAAAGAAGUGCAAGCGUCACGCCCGAUACGGUCGAGGCCGAUAAGACUGUGGGUGAUGUCCGGGCAGGUGUUGAUGGACAUUCCGGGGUAUGCGGGCAAGAUUGAGGGGGAUGUGUUUCCGAUCCAUCCGGAGCAUUACAAGAACUACGACUUCUUGCGGAACGAUGCCAAGGAUGUGGAUUGGAGCUUGCUGUGUCCCGGGAGGAUUGACCAGGGGGAGGUGAGGGUGCUUUUGUAUAAUAUUCGCUGA